CUAAGAAGAAGAAAAAGAAGAAGAAGAUUGAGGCAUGGUUGUGCGAAGGGUUUUGGAGUGGGAAGUGGUGAGAAUCCUGGAGAGAUGCAGCAGCCUGAAUCAGGCGAAAGAAGUCCACGCCCAAAUCUACAUAAAGAACCUCCAGCAAUCUUCCUACGUACUCACCAAGCUCCUCCGCCUCGUCACCGCCCUCCCCCACGUCCCCCUCCACUCCUACCCUCGCCUUCUCUUCUCACAGCUCCACACCCCAAACCCCUUCGCCUGGACCGCUCUCAUUCGCGCCUACGCUCUCCGAGGACCCCUCUCCCAAGCCCUGAGCUUCUACUCCUCCAUGCGGAAACGACGCGUCAGUCCCAUCUCGUUUACCUUCUCCGCUCUCUUUUCCGCUUGCGCCGCCGUUCGCCACUCCGCUUUGGGGGCGCAGCUUCACGCUCAGACACUCUUGCUUGGUGGCUUCUCCUCUGAUUUGUACGUCAACAAUGCCGUUAUCGACAUGUACGUCAAAUGCGGGUCUUUGCGUUGUGCGCGCAUGGUGUUCGAUGAAAUGCCUGAACGGGAUGUCAUUUCUUGGACCGGGCUGAUUGUUGCUUACACGAGGAUCGGUGAUAUGAGGGCCGCACGGGACUUAUUUGACGGGUUGCCGGUUAAGGAUAUGGUGACUUGGACUGCCAUGGUUACCGGUUAUGCGCAGAACGCCAUGCCGAUGGAUGCAUUGGAGGUUUUCCGGCGGUUGCGAGAUGAGGGUGUGGAGAUUGAUGAGGUUACCUUGGUUGGUGUCAUAUCUGCUUGUGCUCAAUUGGGUGCGUCUAAGUAUGCUAACUGGAUAAGGGACAUUGCUGAGAGUUCUGGAUUUGGGGUAGGAGAUAAUGUCCUUGUGGGGUCGGCUUUGAUAGACAUGUACUCAAAAUGUGGUAAUGUGGAGGAGGCAUAUGAUGUCUUUAAAGGAAUGAGUGAAAGAAAUGUGUUUUCUUACAGUUCCAUGAUUGUGGGGUUUGCUAUACAUGGCCGAGCUCGUGCGGCUAUUAAGUUGUUUUAUGACAUGUUGGAGACCGGGGUAAAACCAAACCAUGUUACUUUUGUAGGGGUGCUUACGGCAUGUAGUCAUGCAGGCUUGGUAGACCAAGGGCAGCAGCUCUUUGCCUCCAUGGAAAAGUGUUAUGGUGUUGCUCCAACUGCAGAGCUUUAUGCUUGCAUGACGGAUCUUCUUAGCCGCGCUGGAUACUUGGAAAAGGCACUUCAGCUUGUUGAGACAAUGCCUAUGGAGUCCGAUGGAGCUGUGUGGGGAGCACUUCUUGGAGCAUCACACGUCCAUGGGAACCCUGACGUUGCUGAAAUUGCUUCUAAGCGUUUAUUUGAGCUUGAACCUGAUAACAUAGGGAAUUAUUUGUUGCUUUCUAACACUUAUGCAUCAGCUGGAAGAUGGGAUGAUGUGUCUAAGGUCAGGAAAUUGCUGAGAGAGAAAAAUUUGAAAAAAAUUCCAGGGUGGAGCUGGGUUGAAGCAAAAAAUGGUAUGAUUCACAAGUUCGUUGCUGGUGAUGUGACUCAUCCAAAAAUUAAUGAGAUAAAGAAGGAGUUAAAUGAUCUUUUAGAACGGCUGAAAGGUAUUGGAUACCAGCCAAACCUAAGUUCGCUGCCAUACGGUAUUAAUGAUAGAGAGAAGAGGCUUUUACUAAUGGCUCAUAGUGAAAAACUAGCUUUGGCAUUUGGAUUGCGGAGUACUGAUGUUGGUUCCACUAUAAAGAUUAUGAAGAACCUUAGGAUAUGUGAGGAUUGUCAUAUUGUAAUGUGUGGAGCGUCAAAAGUUACAGGAAGAAAAAUUGUUGUGAGGGAUAACACGAGAUUCCACCACUUUCUUAAUGGUGCUUGUUCUUGCAGUAAUUUUUGGUGACCGAGGCUAUAUAGCCAUAUGCGGGUGAAAAGUUGACAUAUUGAUGUUGGAAGAAAAAAUUUGAAGUGAGAGGGCCCUUUUCCAUUUCUGAUGAA